UUACUCUGAGGGCAACAACGACUUUAAUUGAAAAAUUUGGCGCCUUUGGCCAUGACAUAACCUCAAAUAACAAUAUUAAAUAUAGGAAAGUAAUACGAAAACAUGAUUCGAGAAUUUACAUAAGUCUGCAUAAAUAUAUGUCUUGACAAAAUGAAAGAAAUAACUGAUUACUUUUCAAGUCCUACUAAAAAAGUAAGAGCUAACAUAGAAGUGUCGACAACUUUGGAAAUACCAAAGAAAAAUGCAAUUGUAGAACAUAUAGAAGAGGCAGUUGUAAGUCAUCAAUCUCCUUGCAAUGAUUUGCCAGUUGUUGAAGAACAUCCAAGAAAAAAAAGUAAAAGAAGAAAAACUGAUAAACAUCGUAAGUUGUCUGAUCCUGCUGUUAAAACUGUUACAGAACUUUUUUCCACUAGUUGUUGUCUGCUUUCUCCCAAUCAGCAGAGCACUGAAGGCGUAAAUCUAAUCCAAACUGAAACAGAAGAGGAAGAUGUGGAAAAUGUAAAACUCAUUGGAAAUAUUUCAUUUAAAGAAAAUCAACAAAAUAGUGACUCUGAACCGUUUACGCUGAAGGAUGAUAAAAAAUCGAUAAAGCCCAAUGCUUUUCAGUUCAUGAUGGAUAGUAGAAAUAAAAGUAUUGGAAUGAAUUCUCCUGGAAAAGAAAUACAGGAAGAAAAGUCUGAAGAUAUACCCAAGAAGGAUAAACUUAUUGCCAGAAAGAACUUGCUAAGUAUGUGGGCAGAUAAAAAAAAGGCAUCCAAAAGAAAAAGGACUGAAGAAGAAAUUGAUGAGAUAAUCAGUUAUAAAUUAGAUAAACGAGCUAAAAGAUUACAAAAAUUAUUGAAAGCUGAAAAAGUUGAAAAGGAAACAAAAGAUUCAGCAGAAGUUUUUGUAAAGAAUAGAAGAUAUAAGACGGCUAAGACUUCAUAUUCAAUUAAUGAUGGAACAGAUAAUAAUUUUGAUAAUGAAAACGUCAAUUUACUGUGUAAAAACAUAUCAGAAUUAAAUAAAAUGACACCAAACUUAAAUAAGGGUGUUGGAGCAGGAAAGAAAAUAGAAAAUAUGCCUUUUGUUACAAUAGAUAAUGAUAAAAAUCCUGCUCAAUCAAGGUUAACAAAAACAAUAUUGAAACCAAAAAAAGUAAGUUCUAGUAAAUCUGAAAAAAGCAAUUUUCACAUAAUUUCGAGUAGAAAUGAAGUUAUUGGUUCAGAGAAGUUUGUUGAAACAGUUAAUCAGACUGGUUCAACCACUUUGACAUCAAAAAAAAACAAGAGAGUUCUCAACCUUAUGGAUUCAUCAAAUAAAAUAAAUGAGGGUCACUCCAGCAAUGUUACAAUAAAAAUUGAAGAGAAAAAAGGCAUGAAGUCGGAAAAAAAUGGUUCUACUAAUUUAAAACUAUCCAAUAAAGAAAAGAAAUCAAAAAUAACUAGUGAUAACUCGAAUCAAAAUUGUAAAAUAUCUACUCUUCAUAAGUCACAGAGUUGGAAAAUGAAAAUAAAAGUUAACUUAGAUGAAAACGAGAAAGUUUCCAAUGAAGAGGAAAGUCGACAGUUGAGAAAAAGGAAAAAUGUCAAUUAUAGGGAUGGUUUGCCUAUAGAUAAAAUUUCUGAAAACGAGGCAACCGAGAGGGAUACUCUUAUUAUAUCUUCCGAGAGUGAAGAGGAUUCAAACAUUAACAAAAAAACAAGUAAAAAUUCGAGAAUUGCUCCGGUUUUCACAAAAGCUACACCCAAACCCAAGGAAGAUCCUGGAGUAAAAGAGGCUAGGAGGCAGUUUCUAAUGAGUGGCAUACCUUCUUCUUUGAAGAAACUUAAAGAAAAACAACAAAGCAUAGAAGAGCAAAAUAGUAACAUAUUUCCAACCAUCAGUCAUGUCCAACAAAAAUGUGACAGUAGAUUUUGGAAUUUACCGGAUCCUGGACUGGAAAUAUAUGCAUCUGAACCUCUGAAAAUAGAUCAGUCAAAUAUAUUAUGUAAAGAAAUCACCAGAAGCCACUUACCUCAAAAAAUCAACAUAAAAAUGGAAAUGGAGAAAAUUGAUAAACUAAAAUUAUUGUUGAAUAAAAUCAAGACUGAUAACCCAAAUUACCCUGUUUACAAAUCUUUUAGAAGUAUUUAUGAAAAAAGUGGCAAAAAUUUAACAGACAAAAUUGCAAAAAAAACGUCUCCUAAAAAAACCAAAAAGAUAAAAAAAAAGAAAUUAAAUUCUAGUGGUAAAUUUGACGAUGCUUCCAUUAUACCAUCUGACUCAGAUUCUACGAUACAUAGUAUGUGGACAGAAAAAUACAAACCUAAAUGUUCAGAUGAUAUCAUUGGUAAUUCUGAAGCUGUUAAAAAUCUGAAAAAAUGGCUUGUUAUCUGGAUGAAAUACAGUGAAGAUAUAAACUUGAAAAGAAGGAGAACAGAAAGCAGUGGAUCAGAUUUCGAUACAUCAGAUUACGAUAGCAGAGAUAGUACAGCUCUUCCUGGUAAUACUGUGGUUUUGGGGGGUCCUUGUGGUAGUGGAAAAAGUACUGCAGUUUAUGCCAUUUGCAAUGAGUUAGGUUUCAAUAUUAUUGAGCUCAAUGCAUCCAGUAAAAGGACAGGAAAACGGCUUCUUCUGGAAAUACAAGAGGCAACCCAAUCCCAUCAAGUUCGAAAACAAAAAUCUCAAUUUUUUGCUGAAAAAAAGUUAAAGGAGAGAAUAGAAGACACAGAAAACCAAACGAAUAAAAAAAUGUGUGUGAUUUUAAUUGAAGAUAUUGACAUUGUAUUUGAACAAGAUGACGGUUUCAUUUCAGCUUUGACUCAGCUGAUCACUACCAGCAAAAGACCUAUCAUUCUAACAACCACAAACUAUGAUUCAGUAUUUGUCCAAAAAUUCCUCAAUGAGUAUGAGUACAUACCAUUUUUAUCUCUAUCAUCGUACUCCCUCUCUGUUUGGCUUCAAAUACUUUGCCUUAUUGAGGGAAUAUUUGUGCACAAAAAUGAUAUAGGAAAUUUAUUGGAAGUCAACAAGGGUGAUGUUAGAAAAACUCUUCUCCAACUUCAGUUUUGGGUGUCAUCUGGUGGACAAAUUUCACAAAAUGAAAUACCUAUCAAAAUAGAAGAAAAACGUAGCAGCUGUGAAGAGAAACUAGAUGAUGAUGAAGAGCCUGAUACUUUUCCCACGGAGAACACUAAUGAGGAUAUAGAUCCGUCCAUUCACUACAUUGGAAGUUUUGAGAUAUUUCAUGUUGACGAACCAUUUUCAGUUCCUUAUUAUUUGAAUCUAGGAAUGCUUUGGUGGAACAUUCCAAACAUCUUCAAUCUUCCACAAUCAUCCUGUCAAAGAAUCCAGAAAUUUCAGCAAUGUUCAUACCUUGAAAAAACCAACCCUCUUACGAACAAGUUCAAAAGUAAUCUUGAAGAUAAAAGGAAAUUGAAUUUAGCCAGCAAAUUAUAUGAUUCACUAGCAUUCACUGAUGUAAUGUUUAGAAAAGUUAAUUACUCAGAUAGUAUCGAACCCAUUGUGAAAAAUAUCAGUUGUAGUAUUAGUGAUAGUUUGGAAUUAAGAGAGGACUACAGGACUUUCAGUGGAGAUGCUGAUUUUGUACAUGAGAUCACUCACGUCUUGGUUGAUGGGCAUAUCAAACAAUUUGGAGAAUAUCCCAAAUUAGAUAUGGCAGUGCCCAACAGAGCAGAACGAAGGUGGAGGGCCAAGAAUCAUGUUUGUGAAGAUAUCUUUCUUGAGGCACUUUCUGUCUCAAACCACUUGGAGAGAAAAUCAAUUUCUCUUGAUUACAUGCCAAUGCUACGCAACAUGUUUAGAACGGAAACUAUUCGAGCAUCGAACAACACGAAACGUGGAAAUCGUUUCAGAAAUUAUCUUAAGGAUCUAGGUGUUAAUUGUAAUGCUAAUACAGUUAAACUAGCUUGCAACAUAAUGAAAGAAAUAGAUUGAUUUCAUUUGUAUAGUAGUGUAUAAAAAGUGGUAAAUUCUUGAAACACUUUUUGUCGUUAGAAUUGUCACCGAUUUCUAAAUAACUUAGUUUAUCAUUACUGAUGGAAAAAAUGGUUUUAUUGUAUAUGUAUAUAGUUCUUUUUUUUAAGUUUAUUAAUGUCUUAUACUUAUUUAUUUAAAAGAUUAGUAAAUCAGGCGAGUGUUCUAAUUGGGAAGUUUGUAUAUGUACAUCAAUUUUAUUAAGGCAAAUACUAUCAAUUAUAUUUUCUUUAAAUUGUAACAAACCAAUUCAAUAAGA